AUGAACGAACCAAUCGCAGACCCGCCCUGCACAUCCAGCUCGAUCUUCCCAUCAACCGACGGCCUCGGCUACACGCUCCAAAACAACCACCGCGCAGCCGCCCGCCUGAACCUACAGCAGUACUUAUGGCACGAGACACUAGGAUACCACAUUCAUCCGGGGGUGCAAAUCCCGGCCUUCAGUCCCGUAAUCGCCGACGUGGCGACCGGAACCGGACUCUGGAUGAUCCAGGUCGCGCGGGAGGUGCCCUCGGCGCAGGUGGACGGGCUAGACAUUGAUAUGACGCAAGCGCCGCACCCAGCAUGGCUACCCGGCGCGAUUGGCCUUCGAUACUGGGAUAUUUUCAGCCCCGUGCCGCCCGAUCUACGGGAGAAAUAUGACCUGGUGCAUGUGAGACUGCUCGUGUUGGUUUUGUCGGGCGUUGAUCCGGUGCCGGCGAUUAGGAAUCUCCUGGCGCUGCUGAAACCAGGGGGUUAUUUACAGUGGGAUGAGCUGGACUGUGUGCAUAUGAAGUUGAAGAAAGCCGACGAAUCCCUGGUGGCUCCGGCGUUGGAGGAGAUCCAGUCCAUGCUGUAUGCGACGGGUCGACAUAACUGGGCAUUGGAGCUGCCGCGGACAUUGACGGAUUGCGGAUUCGAAGAUGCGUGGAUCGAUUAUUAUGAUGAGGCCCCGGAGCUAGUGCGCGCUUUUAAUGAUCAGCAUUUGAUGACGAUAGAGGAGUUCGCGGGCAAGUUGGCGCAGUUGGGCCAGGUAGAAACAGCCCGAGAGGUCUACGAUCUGGUGAAAACGGGCUAUGAGGAGAGCGUGCAGGGUGUCGCCCUCUCUGUUCCUCGGGUUGUGGUUGUGGCACGGAAGCCGAUGAUAUCAUCCGAUCAAGGGGUUCGCUCGAACAGACGGCCGUUGGAGUCAUUGUGAG